AUGAUGAACAACAUCUUCUUCCGCAAUGUGCCCAAGUGAGUAAUUAGUAGUGUAACGUUGCUUAUGUUGUCAUACGAUAUCCCAUAUAAACAAAGGCAAACAUUCAUCUUGAUAUUAUACUUGAUAUAUACCAAUGUUAUACUGGUUUCUAUCAUCAAACCAUUGUUUACCAUGGGAUCCCACGUACAGGACGGCCGUGCCGCGAGUAGAGGUUUGACGUGCCGGCGGAGGGAGACGGCCGAACCCUCUCUAGGUGUAAUACAAGCUCAUAAUUAUUGGUUGCGUGACCAAAAGUUUCGCCUUAUUACUAAAGUAGGGGAUGGAAAUAAAACAGAUUGGUGUGAAAAGAAAUUCUUCUCCAGGGACAUGUCCCAAAAUACACGUCAAGGAUACACGAAGAUAGAACGGAGCUAAAAAACGAAGCCGUCUAAUGGACCGGCUGGUGUUAAAGCUUCUCCCUCUUCCGCGCAUCUUUAGUUGGCAGUAGCGUAUAGUGGGUCCCCCUCCGCCAAUUAACAGUCCGUGGUUUGUCUCUCCCUCUCUCCGUUUAAUUACAAACAUUUGCCAGUCAAUCCAUCAAAUCCCCCCGCCCCGAUACUUGAUUCCCCUUAAGCGCAUCAAAACAUCAGAUCUGCCAUUUUUAGACGAGACAUGGCCGAUUCCGGCCAGCUGGCCCUGUUUCACCACCUCCGCGGCAACUCCCUCAUCAAGCAGGUAAUCCACUUGUUUUAGCCUUCACCCUCAAUUAGUUAACCUUGUUUUGCUACUUUAUAAUUUUAAAAGUACAUUUUUAGAGUAAAUUUCGAAAUUUUGCUAAUUUCAAAAAACUGAAGCGCUACUGUUAAGCUGGUCAAAAAGUUUGUAGAGCUGAAACUUAAAAACUAAACCUUGCUUCUAACAAUUCGAAAAACUUUUUGACAAUUUAGCAGCUUUUAUAUUAAAUAAUUAUGCAAAUUUAGCUUUUUUAAAACCACUUUUUUCAAAAUGCCAUUCUUUUUCAGUCAGAAGAAGCCGAGAUCCAAACAAUUCAUCCCAACCGUGAGCAACUUCUUCGUCGAGAUGCCAUUAUACCGGAAGAACAGCAAAACGAACAGUAAGUUUAUACUACAAUGUAGACAAAAAUGCUUUGUUUUAUAUGUUUUGUUAUAGUAUUAUACUUAUGUCACGCGUUUACCUUUUAGCAACUUUAUUUGUGUCACGCGAUGGCUAUAACUAUCCAAGAUAAUGGUUUUUUUAUGUUUAAAAAGUUAAUUGAAAACUAAAAGAACGUAUAAAGCUAUUCUAUUUACUUUCUGACCGAGCUUUGUUGACAAAACAGACCCAGAGCUAGGCCAGCCACCAAUUAAAGGGAUAAUCUGACCUGGUUUUGCAGAGAACGACAGAAGACACGCGGCGACGACAAUGUUAUCAUCGUGCCGCACGUCCAGAUUCUCCCCAACGAAUCCUACCUUUUCAACCGUGCCAUUUCCUCAGGCGGCGGUCUCCUGGCAGGUGGGUUAAUUUCUUGUGAGUAAUGUAAGUUUCGGUUUCUUUGGACUCUGGAGAGUAAUAUUACACUCCAAGUGUCAAUAUUAUACUCACAAGAGUUUGAAAAGACGCGGAUUAAUUCUACAGCUUCCCGAGUACUCUCAAUGCAGUACUUUCAGUUUUCGAUUACUAUCGACCGCGUUAAAGUACAACAAUAUAAAAUUCCACUCAAUUCCGUGCAAAUUAGAGAAUUCUUUGUUUAAAAAUAGAAGCAGAAGGCUCGUUUACAGUUAAUUUAGCACCAAAUGCCAUCUCAAAACAAAAUAAAAAUAUAACUUUAAAUAUCAAAAUCAUAGUAAAGCAACCAUUACAGACCUACAACGCGCUACAAUGGCUACACAAGCCUUCUACGCCGAGAACAGUGAACAAACCAAAACACGAUCUCCGUGGAUUCUGAGGCGCCUCUAUGAGUGGUCUCACCGUGCCAAAAGCCGGGAGAUCGUGAAGCACGUUCAAACAGCUCUCGACGCUUCUCCCGACCGUGAAUGUGAAGAUGAAGAUUUGGCCCAGCUCCUCACGGUCCAAUGGGAGGAAAUGUUUGCUGGAGCAGAAGAAUUGGAAGAUGUGCACAAACGUCGACUUCAGGCAGUCUGGGAACUGUUCCACAGUGAACUUGUGUUUCUACAGAAACAACUUUUGGUAUUAAAGUAAGCGUUGUUACCUACUUUUCAAAUUAAUACCUAAAAAUGGAAAAAGUUUAGCGUUUUCAGUCCAAAGUCAAAAAUCUUGAAGGUGGACUGUUAUUCUCAAAAUUUUAACAUAUAAUCUGACAAAAAACAAAAUCAAAUCCUAAAUUAUUCUGUCGGACAAGAUUUUGUCAGAAACUACUUUUUGUUCAAGACUGAACGAAAUGUCACAAUUUUCCAAAAACACAACUUAUUUUAUUGAUUUUCAGGGAAGUUUACAAAGAACCGUUGAAGAAAUGUCAAGUGGAAGGUUGCCUUCUCUCCGUGGAACCAGAAUUGUUGUUUGGAAACCUUGAUCAGCUAUGUCGGGUAAUGUUAACAUUGAUGUUUGUCUUUUCAAACAAAAUAUUUUAAAUCUUGCUCUAAAUUUUGAAUUUCUAUUUUAUGAUAGUUUAUAUUUCAGAUAAGCCGACGAUUCUGCCAGUCGUUCUUGACACUUUCCAAAGAGCUUACCCCUGAGAACAACUUCGAGACCACAGAGUUUGUUGUUCAGCUUUUCGAGAGGUUCUCCAAGGGACCAUCUACAAUAUCAGCCUACCAAGCUUACUGUAUCAACUACAAGGCUACUAUCGAGUAUCUGGGCUCUGUGAGACAGAAAGAAGAAAGAUUCCUCGAGUUCGAAAGGGUUUGUCUAACUGAUCCCAGAUGUGGAAGGUUGCAGCUGGAGGAUCUUCUGAUAGCACCUCUACAGAGGAUAACGAGGCUUCCGAUUCUUAUAAAGGAGAUUCUGAAGUACACGACUAACGACGAGAACAAGAUCAGGCUGGAGAAGGUGUUGGACUCUAUGAAUGAGAGCUUGAGGUCGAUUGACGACAGCGUACAAUGGCUACACAACUUUGAACGGCUACAGCAACUUCAGAAUCAAGUAGUCUGGCCAUCGAUCAGCGAUCUGGAGCCAAGAACUUAUAUUCCUGAUGUAAGAACGAUAAUUUAUUCAUAUUUUUAGUAUUUUAGCUGUUUUUCAUUUGAGUUUUAACUGUUUUUAAAUUGUGAAGUUAAAAAAAUUAUAAAUUAGUGUUGAAGUUUGUUUAUUGUUGUAAUCAGAUACCUUAUAACUUGCUAAAGUCUUAUUUCAGUUUCUGAAAGGAGCGUUGUCGCGACAGUUUUGUGAGAAUCUAUUGGCACAUCCUCGACGGAAGCUAGUGCACGAAGGACCUCUGGAGUUUGUAGAGAAUGGCAAAGUGUCAGACUGCUACGCCUUUCUCUUCAACGAUAUGUUUCUGGUCACCAAGAUCAAGAAGAUCGGGGCCAAGUCAAAAAUGGUGAGUGUAAAGGUCUCUUUUUUACUACUACUGUAACUUGAUCAAAGGAUAAAGUAAUGUUUGUAUGCUAAUUACUGUAAAUCGGACUCACAAUUAACUAAUACCUAAAAAUUCUGUGUUCUACCUUUGUGUUUACAGAAGAGUAACAUGAGCACCACUCGACAAGAGUACUAUAUUGUGCACAAACAGCCCGUUCCAUUGGAUUCUUGUGUCUUCUGUGAUGCGGAUUCUGAUGAUUCUCACGCAAAUGGUAAGUAGAGCUGGCUCAGGACCACUUGGCCCAAUUUAGUUUCAGCACCAUUGAAGAAUGCGUUUGUUGUGAUACACUUGACACGGUACUAUCAAGUGUUGUCCGUCUACACUCUACAGACGUCGAGCAAGCAAGAAAAAGUAGGUCAAGUACUGAUUGUCAGCAUAUUACACUAGGAUUCCCUGAGCACUAAGUUAUGUUAGACACCUCUUGUUCUGAAAUUGUGAAUCCCUCGUUACAGGACGUGUGGAUCGAAAAGUUCCAGGAGUCGAUCGAGAACUACGAGUCCAUCCAGCUGAAGGACAUGCUACGCUGCACGCCGUUGUUCUCGUCGCUUUCGCUGCGACGCUGCUCCAGUAGCCGCUACUCGUGCGUCUCGAGCCGGCAACGGUCGCUUCAUUGA